AUUUCCAAAAAAAGAAAAAAGAAAAAAAAGGGGGAAAAAACUCUCAUCUUCUCUCUCGUCUCAAUUCCCCACUCUCUCAUACUCAUCUUUCUCCCUGUUCGUCGGCGAUCUUAUCGAUUUCGCGUAUUCAUAGACGAAUCCGUUCGUUUUCGAUCUCAAUUCUGUCUAAAUUUCAAAUCAGGGCAUCAAUUCUGUCUAAAUUUCAAAUUAGGGCAUCAAUUGAUUGUUAUUGUUGGAUUGGGGAUAUAGACAAAUUAGGGCAGAAUUAGGGCAUCAAUCGAUUGUUACUGUUGGAUUGAGGGAUAAAGAAAUGAAGAGCAGUAGCACGAUAGGGAAGAAGAAGGAGGCACCAAAGGUGAUCCAUGAAGGAUGGAUGGUUCGUUAUGGAAGAAGAAAGAUUGGGAGGUCCUUCUUCCAUAUGCGGUACUUCGUCCUCGAAUUGACGCUUCUUGCUUAUUACAAGAAGAAACCUAAGGAUAAUAUGGUGCCGCUCAGGACUCUUCAAAUAGAUGGAAGUUGCAGGGUGGAAGAUAGAGGACUCAAACCACAUCAAGGGCAUAUGGUUUAUGUUUUGAGCAUUUACAAAAAGAAAGAAAGUUAUGACCGGAUUACGAUGGCCGCAUUCAACAUCCAGGAGGCUAUGAUAUGGAAGGAAAAGAUUGAGCUUGUUAUUGAUCAGCAUCAGGGAUUAAAUACGUCCAAUGGGAAUAAGAACCUUGCUUCAUACAAGUCGAUAGGGGGUAAUCAAAGGAAUGUUUGCUUCGACGAUCAGGAGAGUCAAUUCAGUCAAGAAGAUGAAGAAGAGCAUCAGCAAGUUUUGCUUCCAAGGAGAAAGACGAUAAAUGAACCUCCAGGUUCAGUACCAGAUUGGACUCAGGAGCUUGAAUCUGGGUUAUCAAAUCAGGAUAAUUCCGUCCAAGCUUCUUCCAGCAGACACUGGCGCUUAGUUAGAUUGCAGAAUGGUUUACGAUUUUUUGAAGAACUUCUAGAAGCUGACCUCCUUCCAUCUAGCUGCAGUAAAGCAAUGAAAGCUGUCGGCGUAAUAGAGGCCACAUCCGAAGCGAUAUUUGAACUCAUAAUAAGCAUGGAUUGCAGCACUCGAUUUGAGUGGGAUUGCUGCUUUCAGUAUGGUAGCUUAGUCGAGGAGGUUGAUGGACAUACAGCUGUUCUCUAUCAUAGGUUACAUCUGGACUGGUUGCCAAAGUUUGCAUGGCCACGAGAUCUUUGUUAUGUGCGUUACUGGCGGUAUAAUGAUGAUGGAAGCUAUGUUAUAUUAUUUCGGUCUAGGGAGCAUACGGACUGUGGUCCACAGCCAGGAUUUGUCAGAGCUCACAUAGAAAGUGGUGGGUUCAAAAUAUCUCCUCUCAGAUCUCGAAAUGGGAGACCUCGAACUCAAGUACAACACCUUAUGCAGAUUGAUAUGAAGGGAUGGAUAUCUUUUUUUUCCCCAUCAUUUCAGCAAUAUUCUUUAAUUCGAAUGUUGAAUAAUGUUGCUGGGCUGCGUGACUGGUUUUCCCAAACAGACGAAACUCACAGAAUUACAAGAAUUCCUGUCAUGUCGAACAUGACCUCAGAUUCUCUUUCUCUCGAGAAAGACCAAAUGGCUGAAGAAUCAGAUAUGCCCCCUACUCCAUCAUUAGAUCAGAUUCGUUCUUCCAGCAAACAUUCAGUUAUGCUGGAUGAGGAAUCUGAUGAGGAUGAAGAUCAAUUUCAGAAUGAAUUAGAGGAAUACCCAGUCAAGCCCGAAACAGAUAUUAAACAGACAGCUUCUGAUCAAGAGCUAUCAGAUCAAAUUGAUCUAUCUUGUAUUUCGGGUAACUUACGAUGGGAUGAUGGGGAUAAUGGUCGUGACUGUUGGAAAACAUCAGAUGGAAACAACUUUAAAGUCCGUAGUAAGAAUUUUAUGUCUGACAAAAGUAAGGUUCCUGCUGGGAAACCUCUUAUGAAGCUUGUCGCAGUUGACUGGUUGAAGGACACAAAACGAAUAGAUCAUGUCGGCAGACGACAUGGCUGUGCUGCUCAAGUUGCUUCUGAGAAAGGGCUGUCUUCUUUGAUUAUAAAUCUUCAAGUUCCCGGAUCAACCUUUUACAGUUUGGUGUUUUACUUUAUGAUAAAAACAUUGAAACCUGGAUCACUUCUGCAACGUUUCUUUGAUGGUGAUGAUGAGUUUCGAAGUAGUAGGUUCAAGCUCAUUCCGGCAGUUCCUAAGGGCUCCUGGAUCGUGCGCCAAAGUGUAGGAAACAGUGCCUGUCUGCUGGCCAAAGCCGUAGAUUGCACCUUCAUUCGUGAACCAAAGUACUUGGAAAUAGAUGUUGAUAUCGGUUCUUCCACAGUGGCAAAAGGAGUUUUAGGACUUGUCUUGGGUGUAGUCACUACGCUGGUUGUUGACAUGGCUUUUCUGGUACAGGGAAACACCGCUGAAGAGCUCCCAGAGCAGAUUAUUGGUUCUGUCCGUAUUUCACAUCUUGAGCUCGCAUCUGCAGUAGCUUCAGGACUUGAUAUUAAUCCUUUAGACGAAUGA